AUGCCUCCCCCCGGGCUCCAUGGACCUGGUAUCCCAGCAAUAGAGCUUACAGAGCCUGAAGAUAUGCCCGGCGCAGACGAGCGGGAUCUCUCAGGUCCGACGGCUCCUUUGCUCGCCCGGUCCCACACCUCCGACGACGACGCCAACCACGACGAGAGCCUAACUUCUGAGCUAGGAUACUCCGGAGGCUGGUUUAUAUGGGCGCUGACCUUCUCAGCCGGAAUAAGUGGUCUACUAUUUGGAUAUGACACAGGUGUUAUUUCGUCUACUUUAGUGACCAUCGGCUCGGAUCUUUCGGAUCGCACGUUGACAACGCUCGAUAAAAGUCUCAUUACAUCAUGCACCAGUCUUUGUGCGCUUAUCGCCAGUCCUUUUACCGGCGUGUUGGCUGAUAAGCUUGGUCGACGGAAGGUUAUACUUGGCGCAGAUGCGUUAUUUGCGCUUGGGGCUUUGGUACAGGCAUUUACGAGCCAGGUUUGGGGUAUGGUGCUUGGGCGCAGUAUUGUUGGGCUUGCGGUUGGUAGUGCGAGUGCGGUGACUCCGUUGUAUAUAUCGGAGUUAGCUCCGUCACACGCAAGAGGCAGACUCGUCACGAUCCUCUGUCUGUUUGUCACCGGCGGCCAGGUGGUGGCAUACAUAGUCGGGUGGCUGUUCUCGAGUACGACUGGAGGCUGGCGAUGGAUCGUGGGACUCGGAGCAUUCCCUGCUUUCGUUCAGCUCGCUAUUCUCAUUCUUCUACCGGAGACGCCUCGCUGGCUGGUCCAGGCUGGACUGAACGACCGGGCGAAAACAGUUCUAACCAAGAUCUACCAGGAUUGUCCUGGCUGUGAUCGGGUGGUAGACCGUCUUCUGAGCAAUAUCAGCGGGGAGAUAGCGGAAGAGGCGUCUGAAAUGGGACCAGUUAAGCCCCGUGGUUUGAAGCCGCAGUGGCUACAUGAUGCUCUUCAACGUGGGGAGCAAUUGUUACAUGGGGGAAACAGAAGAGCGUUGAUCAUAGCGACGAUGCUCCAGGCAACCCAGCAACUCUGUGGAUUCAACAGCCUGAUGUACUUCUCUGCAACCAUCUUCUCCUCUCUUCAAUUCUCGUCCCCGACACUGACAUCGCUUUCGGUGGCGAUGACGAACUUCGUCUUCACGCUUCUUGCAUUUGUGCUGAUCGACAGGAUCGGUCGUCGACGCAUUCUCCUGUACUCAAUCCCUGUCAUGGUCAUUGCGUUGGUCGUAUGUGCCUUUUCUUUCUCGUCAAUGGACGGUACAUGGAACUCCCAUCCCCCAGCUCGGCGUCAAGAGAAGGGCACUAGCUCUCUUAUGCCCGUCGCAAUCCUACUCUGUCUUACUGUCUACACUGCAGCGUACGCCCUUGGACUCGGCAAUGUCCCCUGGCAGCAGUCUGAACUCUUCCCUCUGAAUGUUCGCUCUUUGGGGUCGGGGUUAGCAACGGCAACCAACUGGGGAUCGAACUUCAUCAUCGGUCUCACGUUCCUACCGAUGAUGGAAUGGAUCUCACCCUCAUGGACGUUUGCACUCUAUGCAGUUAUCUGUGCUGUUGGGUGGGUUGCUGUUUGGGCCAUUUACCCUGAGCUGAGUGGGCUUGGUCUCGAGGAGGUCAAAGGUCUUUUGGCUGAUGGCUGGGGGGUGAGAGAAAGCUUGCAGCGACGUCGUGUUUCUGGACGUGGAUAG